AUGCCAUGGAGAGAGUUGCAGGACAAGGCUAGGGAGUGCUUGGGUGAAACUCAGCCGAUUGAUUGUGUGGUACAUUCAAUGGAUAAUCCCAUGAUUAGAAACCAAAGCAUUUCUCGAACAAAAAAACCAUCAACCAAAAAGUUUGAACUCCCAAUUCAAAGCUUGAUUAAAGAUGCACAGAAUGACACUAUGGAAUGCAGUGUGGCUGAGGAUGCUCUGUACUUGUACAGGAGUGUGCUAUUUGGUUACAGAGAUACUCAUCCAUUAAGUUUGGCAACUAAGGCUAUCAUGGAUUCCAAGUAUUUUGUGAAAGAAUGGUGUUUUAAGGAACAUAAUUUGGAUCCAUUAAUUGCACUAUCAUGCCUAUUCCUUCCUAGUUUUGAUGAGUUAGAGACAGAACUGAUGAGGCCUUUAUCACCAGCUGUAGUUGUUGCUGUACCUCUUUCUAGUACCAUAGGUGAACUGAAAGUUGUUGCUCAAGCUGCAUUCAGGGAUACAUAUUGCAUUAUGGACAAAUUUGUAGCGAGUCAAAUUGGAGGCCUGAAGAAAAUAGAUGAAAAUAAGGUGGUUUGUCAUAGCAUUGAGCCCAGUAGUCCCGUUUGGGUGAGGGGUUCGGGGCUGGACUUGGGAACAACACUGAGAUAUGAAGAUGGAGCUCAAAGGUUGACUGUGGAUUGCUGCUGCGGGGCUAAAUAUGAUGAUGGGGAGAGACUGGCAACUUGUGAAGUGUGCAAUGUGUCUCAGCAUACAAGGUGCAGUGGCAUUGCUGAUAAGGAGGAUGCACCCUCAGAUUUUCUGUGCUCAGAUUGUGUAGCUGUAUCACGUAGGAAAUAG